GAGCCCAGCGCGGCCGAGCCGCUGAAGGGCACGGGAGGCGGCGGCGGCAGCGGCGGCGGCGGCGGCGGCUGAGGCUUACCGCGCGCUCUCCUUCGGCCGGGCGCGCAGCAUGGAGGGCGGGAAGCGCAGCUCCUCUCCCGGCAGCCGGGACGAGGGCAGCGCGAACGCCUUCCCAGGCAAGCAGGCAACCCCGGUGGAGAAAGCCCAAAGCAGCCCCGGUGGCGGCGCGAAGGAGCAUGGCAACUCAGUGUGCUUCAAAGUGGACGGCGGCGGGGCCGAGGAGCCCGUGGUGGGCUUCGAAGAUGCCGAGGGACCCCGGCGGCAGUACGGCUUCAUGCAGCGGCAGUUCACCUCCAUGCUGCAGCCGGGGGUCAACAAAUUCUCCCUCCGCAUGUUCGGCAGCCAGAAGGCGGUGGAGAAGGAGCAGGAAAGGGUUAAAACUGCGGGGUUCUGGAUCAUCCACCCCUACAGCGACUUCAGAUUUUACUGGGAUUUAAUCAUGCUCAUCAUGAUGGUUGGAAACCUUGUCAUUAUACCAGUUGGAAUCACAUUCUUCACAGAGCAAACAACAACACCAUGGAUUAUUUUCAAUGUGGCAUCAGACACUGUUUUUCUAUUGGACUUGAUAAUGAAUUUCAGAACUGGGACUGUUAAUGAAGACAGCUCUGAAAUAAUACUGGACCCUAAAGUCAUUAAGAUGAAUUAUUUAAAAAGCUGGUUUGUGGUUGACUUCAUCUCAUCAAUACCAGUGGAUUAUAUCUUUCUCAUUGUAGAAAAAGGAAUGGACUCAGAGGUUUACAAGACAGCAAGAGCACUUCGUAUCGUGAGAUUUACAAAAAUCCUCAGCCUGUUACGCUUAUUACGCCUUUCAAGACUGAUUAGAUACAUACACCAGUGGGAAGAGAUUUUCCACAUGACAUAUGAUCUGGCCAGUGCUGUGGUGAGAAUCUUUAAUCUAAUUGGAAUGAUGCUGCUGCUUUGCCAUUGGGAUGGCUGUCUUCAGUUUUUAGUACCGUUACUCCAGGAUUUCCCACCAGAUUGCUGGGUGUCCCUAAACGGUAUGGUUAAUGAUUCCUGGGGGAAACAAUACUCAUAUGCGCUCUUCAAAGCCAUGAGCCAUAUGCUGUGCAUUGGUUAUGGAGCCCGUGCCCCUGUCAGCAUGUCUGAUCUCUGGAUAACCAUGUUGAGUAUGAUUGUGGGGGCUACAUGUUAUGCCAUGUUUGUUGGUCAUGCCACUGCCCUCAUUCAAUCUCUGGAUUCUUCACGGCGACAAUAUCAAGAAAAGUACAAACAAGUAGAACAGUACAUGUCGUUCCACAAAUUACCAGCUGAAAUGCGCCAGAAGAUCCAUGAUUACUAUGAGCACCGCUAUCAAGGCAAGAUCUUCGAUGAGGAAAACAUUCUCAAUGAGCUCAAUGAUCCUCUUCGGGAGGAGAUCGUCAACUUCAAUUGUCGGAAGCUGGUUGCUACAAUGCCUCUUUUUGCUAAUGCAGACCCAAACUUUGUGACUGCCAUGCUAAGCAAACUGCGAUUUGAGGUGUUCCAACCUGGUGAUUAUAUUAUCCGAGAAGGUGCUGUGGGUAAAAAGAUGUACUUCAUUCAGCAUGGUGUUGCUGGUGUUAUCACCAAAUCCAACAAAGAGCUGAAGCUGACAGAUGGCUCUUACUUUGGAGAGAUUUGCCUCUUGACCAAGGGCCGUCGAACUGCCAGUGUACGAGCAGACACAUACUGUCGCCUCUAUUCCCUCUCGGUGGACAACUUCAAUGAGGUUCUGGAAGAGUAUCCCAUGAUGAGAAGGGCCUUUGAAACAGUGGCAAUUGAUAGACUUGACAGGAUAGGGAAGAAGAACUCCAUCCUCUUGCAGAAGUUCCAGAAGGACCUCAACACUGGGGUGUUCAACAACCAAGAGAAUGAGAUCCUGAAGCAGAUUGUCAAGCAUGACAGGGAGAUGGUGCAGACCAUCGCCCCAGUGAGCUUGCAGCAGAUGCCCGCGCUGAACUCCAGCAGCUCCACCACCUCCUCGUCGCGCGUCAGGACACAGUCCCCUCCUGUUUACACCGCUGGCAGCCUGUCCCACGGAAACCUGCACUCCCCCUCACCCAGCACGCAGACACCCCAGCAAGCCGUUAUCCUCUCGCCCUGCUCCUACACCACUGCCGUCUGCAGCCCACCAGUACAGAGCCCCCUGGCCGGCCGAACUUUCCAGUAUGCCUCACCCACAGCCUCACAGCUCUCUCUCAUGCAGCAGCAGCCUCAGGCACCCCAGCUGCCACCAGGCACUGCACCCAAGAAUGAGGUUCACAAGAGCACCCAGGCCCUCCACAACACCAACCUGAGUCGGGAGGUGCGGCCCCUCUCUGCCUCCCAGCCCUCCCUGCCUCACGAGAUUUCCACCCUGAUUGCCAGGCCUCACCCCACCGUGGGGGAGUCCCUGGCCUCCCUUCCGCAGCCGGCCCCUGGCACCAGCGUGCCUCCAGCCAGCCGGGCCACCGUGCCACAGCGGGUCUCUCUCUUCCGACAGAUGUCCUCGGGAGCCAUCCCCCCAAACCGGGGGGCCGUGCCGCCCGCAGCCCCCUUGCCAAGGGAUUCUUCUGCAGUCUUAAGCACAGAGCCUGAGGGAGACAAGCCACGGUUCGCGUCAAACUUAUGAUCCCUGGUGACUGCGAGAAGCAGACUUGCGACAAACUGAGAGCGGUCCCGGGAACUGUUUUAGCCUGUUUCCUCAUGUACCCCAGCAGUCUACUAUGAGAAAAAUACUUUAGACAGCUUUGCCCUACAUAACGAAUGUAACAUUUAUAUAUAUAUAUAAUAUAUAUAUAUAUCCAAAAAAAAGGGAUUAAGAAAACUUGUUUGAAUUCACGUCUUCCUUUCUUGCAACCAUUAAAGAAAUCUAAAUUCAGCUGUAAAAUUAUUUAUUUUUAAUGUGUCAACUUCAAAACCAAUCUAACAGAUUUUUCUGUUCAUGAAAUUUCUUGUUUCAUUGGGAAAACUGUCAACAUAGUAACAAACUUCAAACAAGUAUAAAACAAAUAGCCUAACUAAAACAUAGCACUGACUGAGUGGUAUUCUGAAACUGUCAUUAUUCCAUUUGUUCGCACAUACUGUUAAUAAUUUCCCGUGAAGAGUUCAGUUGUUGUUUCCCAUCGCGUCUCUCAUUUUAGCACUUUCCAUUCAGAAUUAGACUGACAAACUAAGGCAGACACUAGCGCUCCUCUGGAUAGGUUGUAGCCUCACACCAUGUCAGCCCUUCUGUUGUUUCAGAAAACUGGGUGGACUUCCUUCUUCACAUUGCAAAAGACUUUUACAAAGACUAUUGCCUCUGUAAAUAUCUUUUUAGACCCAAACAACAAUAGCUGCUGUGUGGUGUACCAUUGCAAGGUCUUUGUUUAGGAAUUUAGGUUCGACUCUUCACUUCAAAAUUUACCGUUUUAAAAUUUGUUAAAGCUACGUGCAACACAACUGUUGAAUUGUAAUGCAAUGGCUUAAAACCUACAAUGUUACUUUUACAUGCAAUGUUUUAUGCAAAAUUGUACGCUUGAUCCUGCAAACCGCUUGUACUUCACCAGUACCAUCACUUUUCUUCUCCUUGCCCUAAAUAGCAUCCCAAAAUAUUUCAUGCAUGCUUUGGAAAAAAUAAAUUAAAAAAAAGACAAAAAAAAAAAAAAGUCAAUAAAAAUAGGUUCGGUCAGCCAUUGUAGGAAAAGGCUUUAUGGUAUCUUAGAAAAUAAUAACCAUUCAUUGAUUGUGUCUACCUUAAAAUUCCUAUAAUGCUGACUUUGAAUCUCUGGUUUAAGUCUAGAAGUGAGAUUUUUCAUUUAAAUAAUUAUUUGUAAACCACAGCUUGAUUUAGGCUUUCAGGUGCUUUCUGUGUCUUCACUGUAGUUUUGUAGUUGACUGUGGUGUUAAUUUUAAAAAAGUAAAUAUAAUAUAGCAUCAAGUCUGUCUGGAAAUGCACGAUUUGCUCUUUGUAUAUUGUAAUUAAAUGGAUAGUAUAUCCUAAGGCAUGUAGUGUCAAACAUAGCCCAUAGGUACAAGGUUUAUUAUUUUUUAUGUCUUCAAAACAGAAAGGAGAUGGUAACAGAAAGCAGGGUUAAAGCAUACUGUUUUGUGAAUGUUUUGUUUUGUUUGCUCAAAUCUUAAUGUUAUCUUAUCCACAAAAGAAAAAAAAAGUUAUUUCGUAAUCAUUUGUGCCUGAUUUACACACAUUAAAUAGAGAUUGAAAUUACGUGUGUCAUAUUUUAACUCAUUGAGUAUCAGCAUUAUGGAUAUGAUGCAAGCAUACAUUUUGAUUCUUAAAACUCAGCUGUCCCAUGUUAAGGAUGUGAAUGGAAAGGAAUUCUUCUUUUCCCAUCAAUGCUGAGUUUAACAAUGCAUGGAAAAAUUAAAUAACAUCACAAACUACGUAAUGCAGUGAAUCCAGAUGUACUUGAGAGCCAAGUAAAUACUCUAAAGCUAACAGAGCUUGAACCCAUGCUGCCUGUUAAGCCUUUUACAAAAAUGGUACAUCAAAUUAAAUUAAAAACAUAUAUAUUUUUCCAGUUUCUGCUGACUCCCACUCACUGGUAAAAACAAUGUAAUUAAUCCAUUAACAUGCUGCUGCCAUUAAUCCAAGUGGCCCAGAGUAGUCUAUGAGGAAGCGAUCGUUCAAAUGUGUUUGGAACAUUAUGGAUACGCUGCAAGACCAUUUAUUUCUCAGUACAAUACCCCCAUAUUAUUUUAAUGCUAACAAAUUCUGUCAAGUAAGAUCAUAUCCUGAUCUUUCAAACUCUUUAAGGUUUACAUUUAAUAGGAGAAAUGGGGUUAUUAGCAAAAUAUUUUUAUAUAUAUUUUUAUUUUAUUUUAAGCACUAUGAAGAAAUAUUAAUUCACAUGGUCUUUCAGUGAAACCAUAAAUAAUUUUUAAUGACUUUGUAAUAGAGUGGACAAUAUCUAGGCUUUGUAUGUUAAUUCAAAAAUAAAUGGUACAGGGUAUAAAAUUAUAUACGUAUAUAUAUAAUGUAUGUAUGAAUGUAUAUAUAUUUAGAUUAAGAACCAGACGACUCACAUUCCUGUAAUAUAAAGGUCCAUUGCUAGUUUCCGAACUGACCUAUUUUCUCUGUACAUAAGUAAGCCCAUAAGUAUGAAAUCUUACAUCUGUACAGGAUGAAAUGUAUUAAUGAAAAAGGUUGGAUCUUACUGCUGCUGAGAAGACUAUAGACCUGAUUCUUACAAUAACUAUCAUUGGGGAUGAAUUAGAUAUUUUUUUCUUUUGUCUUUGCUCAAAGCCAUAAAUAAAUAUAUAAAAGAUUAUUAAUAAAUUGAAGAAAAUUUAAAAAAUAAACCCAUGAAUAUUUCCUUUUGUUCCAAUAUGUUUAUAGCUUAGCUUAGCAAGUUUUGCUUUAUCAUGGAAGAAUUUAUAACUUAGCAGGAUUUGUUUUACCAUGAACUACUUGCUUUUCCCAUUUCUCUGUUCUUAGCCUCAGAAUUGAUGUGCACCAAGUAUGGGGAGGUGGGGAAAAAAUGAGUACUUACGUCCACUGUAGGUAAAUACUAGAAAUGUGAAGACAUACAUGAUGUACUCAGUCAAUUCCUAAGCAAUAUUGCCUUGGUAGACUAGAGGAACUGAUUGUGCUAAAAAGCAUUUUCUGCACAAAAUUAUUGUUUGAGCAAUUACCACUAAGCUGUAACAUUUCUUCAUUUGUAAUUAAUAAACUGACUAAACUCAA